GUCUUUUUAAAGAAGCACGAAACAAUAAACCCUAAAAUCGCUAGCUGAGAGAGAGACCAAGUACAGAUUUGAGUUUGCUCAAGAUGAUCAUCCCUGUUCGUUGCUUCACUUGUGGAAAGGUGAUUGGAAACAAAUGGGAUCAGUAUCUUGAUCUUCUCCAGCUCGACUACACUGAAGGGGACGCACUUGAUGCGCUCCAGCUAGUCAGAUACUGCUGCAGGCGUAUGCUCAUGACUCAUGUUGAUCUGAUUGAGAAGCUUCUCAACUACAACACUCUGGAGAAAUCAGACAACAGUUAGAAGAGGAUGCAAAUCUGCUGAAAGUGUUUUCCUCUUUAGAGGCUUAUAUAUUAGUAUGUAUGGAAACAUUUGGUGUAUGUGGUGCAGAACCUUUAAAUUCC